GGUCUUUGGGAAAGCUGGAACCUUAGUGCGCGUCGAUUGCUGAAUUAAAUUCGAAAAAUAUAUUCAUAAAAUAGGGAGGAGGAGGCGGCGAUGUCCUCGGGCGACUGAAAUCCUUCCUCGUCUCUGCCGCUCCGCGAUCGGUGCCCUUGGCGUAAGAGAUCGGCGAUGUUCUCGUGCUAUCGCCGGCUCUCUGCUCCUUCGAUCCCCCCGCCGUCGGAUCUGCGGAUUCGGUUUUCCCGUCUCCAGCCCGUCUCCGUCCGCUCGGCGCUGUGCGAUGGAGUCCCCCGUACCCUCCGCGUCGAGGUCAGUUCGCGAUUAUCCGAGCCGGUCGUGGCUCACUUUCAGGGCGGCGGCGGAUUGUCGUUCUUGAGAGUGCGAUCUCCGUCAGCGAAAGGUAUCGAUGCCAUAGGAGAUGUGCUUGGGGAAUUAGAGGUGGAUCGGAAGCGGCGGAAGGCGGCAGAACUGGUGGCCGCGGCGGUGGUCACGGUGGUCUUGGGGACUGGCAACCGGGUGCUCUACAAGCUCGCGCUUGUGCCUCUCAAGGAGUAUCCUUUCUUCCUCGCUCAAUUCGCCACGUUCGGAUACUUGGUUGUUUACUUCUCAAUCCUUUACACUCGUUAUCAAGCUGGCAUUGUAACCGAUGAGAUGCUUUCGCUUCCAAAGACCAAAUUUUUGGCAGUUGGAUUCUUGGAAGCUUUGGCUGCUGCAUCGGGAAUGGCUGCUGGAGCUGUUCUUUCCGGGGCAUCAAUACCAAUCCUGUCUCAGACAUUUCUUGUUUGGCAGCUUAUCUUUUCAGUUAUAUUUCUUAAGAGGCGAUUUCGACUAAACCAACUACUAGGGUGUUUUCUUGUGACCAUCGGAGUGGUAAUAACUGUGGCAAGUGGGUCUGGUGCUGGUACCUCAUUAAAAAAUGCUGGAAUAUUUUGGUCACUUCUUAUGAUUCUUUCAUUUCUAUUUCAAGCUGCGGACACUAUCUUGAAGGAGAUUAUAUUCCUGGAUGCUGCUAAGAAACUGAAGGGAGGUUCUCUUGACCUUUUUAUUGUAAAUUCUUUUGGAUCUGCUUUUCAGGCCAUAUUUAUAUGCCUUUUGAUGCCAUUCAUGUCGAAGCUAUGGGGCAUUCCAUUCCAUCAAUUGCCAUCGUAUAUUAGAGAUGGAACGGCCUGCUUUCUAAAUAUUGGAUCAUUAUCAGGAGGAUGCCAGGGCGCACCACUUUUACCUAUAUUGUUUGUGAUUGUUAAUAUGGCAUUUAACAUAUCCUUGCUACAUCUUCUAAAGAUUUCUUCAGCAGUAGUCUCUUGCCUUGCAUCCACUUUUUCAGUUCCCCUUUCCAUCUAUGUCUUCACACUGCCACUGCCAUACAUUGGAGUAGCGUCGUCGCUCCCUUCUGGCUUCAUCGCUGGAGCUAUCGUUCUUGUCAGUGGUCUCCUCCUCUAUUGCUGGUGUCCACCUCUGACCACUAGUACGCACAAUAAAGUAUCAUGACCUCGAAUUUUAGGGGUGCCCAUCCCUCUCUUUACCUUGGUUCCUUGUUUUUUUGGUGCCUCAUUUAGAUCUCUUGAUUGAGAGAGGUAGAUGGAAUUUCUUGUUUGAAUCACAAAUAAAAGAAAAUUUGCCCUAAAAUUUAUCGAUCCAAGAAUAUAAUGAUGUUUAAAAUUAAA